AGGGCAGUUGUUGACUGCUGUUGGGUGAGAUGUGAAUGAUAACAUGUUCCCAAUUGCUGUGGCAUUGGUGGAGCUUGAAUCUAAGGAUUCUUGGACGUGGUUUCUACAGGUUUUGCAAGAGGACAUUGGGAGUUAUGAAGAGAUGAGUUGGACAUUUAUUUCAGAAAGACAGAAGGGAUUGAUUGAGACAUUUAAUGAGCUGUUGCCAGGGUGUGAUCACAUGUAUUGUCUUAGGCAUAUGUAUAGCAACUUUAAGGUGAAAUUUCCUGGUGCUUUUUUGAAGGAUUUAUUCUGGAAAGCAGCCUCCACAUGCAGUGUAAGUGGGUUCAAUUAUUGGAUGAAAAAAAUUGAAGAAGCUGACCCUAAGUUGAAUGAAAUGAGGCAUACAACUGUAGAGUGGUUAAGGGCUGUUACCCCUUCACUGUGGGCAAGGUCUCACUUCAGUACAAAAAGCAAAUGUGAUGUGGUAGUUAACAACAUAUUUGAGUCUUUCAAUUCUUACAUCUUGGAGGCCAGGGAACUGCCAAUUAUCUCAAUGUUUAAAUGGAUUAGGAAGGGAGUGAUGCAAAGAAUUCAGGUUAAAAAGGCUGGAAUGCAGAAAUAUACUGGUCAUUUAUGUCCUAAUAUACAAGAAAAGAUAGAUAAGUUAAAGGUAGAGAGCAGGAUCUGUGUUGCAGCUUGGUGUGGUGAGUUAGAGUUUGAGGUUGAUUACUAUGAUAGGACUUAUACAUUGGAUUUGAGAACCAAAAUUUGCAGUUGCUGUAGAUGGCAACUAACAGGUAUACCAUGCUACCAUGCUAUUGCAGCCAUUCAGAAGAACAAAGAACAUGUGGAGACUUAUGUCCAUCCUUAUUUCAUCAAGUCAGGGUACCUCGCUGCAUAUUCCUACAUGAUCCACCCAGUUCCAGAUAUGCUUGACUUUGUAGAAAUAGGUUUCCAACCUCUAAACCCACCAAAUUCUAAGAGGGAAAGUGGUAGACCUAAGAAACUGAGAAGGAGGACUACAGAUGAAUCUAGAGAUCCAAACAAAGUUACAAUAAGAGGGUUGAAUGUUACAUGUGCCAAAUGUAUGCAAGUUGGGCACAACAAAAGAUCAUGCAAGAACAUGAUCCAUCCUAAGUUCAAGUUAGUCAAGGUAAAUUUAUGUCACUUAGUCAUCUCCAUAUAUUGCACUCAUGUUUUCAUUUUAUUUAAUGACAUGUGUAUUUGUUUAUGCCAGAAUGGUCAGACAUCCAAUGCAACAUCUCAACCAAUGGGAACACAUACUGAUGUACCUCCCACAAUAGUAAUAUUCAGAAUCAUUUCAUGUACUAGACAAUUUCAUAUUGUAUUUGACUUGCUACUCUUGCAUGACUUUUUAGGGCACAAGAACUAGAGCUGGAAGGGGAGCAAAUGGAAGGGGAAUGACAACUUCAAUUGCAAGGGGAGCAACUGGAAGGGGUGUCACAACUGUUGGAACUGGAAGGGGAAGGGCAAGGGGGGCUGGAUCUUCACAACCUCCAAUUGGUUCAUCAUCACAACCAGUUGGAAGAAGUGCUGGAAGAGGUGGUAAAGCUUCAUCAUCAGGACCAGUUGGAGGACCUUCUUUGGCAAUAGUGCUUCAGAACAUAAGAGCAAAAAAGCAAGCUAGAGUCACUGGGAUGUAGUGGCUUAGGGCUUUACUAUGUGUCUGUGUUUUUUUUGGUUUCUGCUACUUAUGGUAACUAUUAAGUAAUGUUGGUUGCUGCUAUGCAAUCUUUUUGACGUUGGUGGUGUAGUUGCCAAUGGUUAAUUAUGUUGAAACUGAAUUAUGUGGCUGCUAUGCAGUCUUUUUGACAUUAGGAAUGUUUGUGUGCUUGCUAGGUAGGCUGGUACUUCAUUAGGAACUGUUUGUGUGGCUACUAUGCAGUCUUUUUGGCAUUAGAAACUAUGAACUAAUGUUGGCUGUUGCUAUGCAGUCUUUUUGGCAAUGGAAUUCCAGUUAUUAUUGGCAAUGGAAUGUCUAUUUGCAAUGGAACUGCUAAGCAUAUGAUUUUAUAAGUUAGAACUGUAUGUUUGAACUAUAUUCUAUCCAGAUUUUUUCAUGUUUGAACUGUGAGGUGCAAUGUGAGUUUGUAUGCUAGAACUGUAAUGCAAAACAUUGGAAUCACAAGCUGCACUAUUACGAUUCAAUCACAUAAGUUCAACACAAAGACUCAUUUAGAACAUUGGCUUUCAAUUUUGCAUUACACCAAAACACUCC